AUGGGUCGUCGAAUCGUCUUCGACGACUGUCACUCGGCGGAGCGGAAAAACGGUGACUUUGUGGCUCUCCGGUGGCUGUCACCCGACGGAAAGGAGUUGGAUGGAGGUGGGGCGCAUGUCAGGGAGCUUCAUCCUCAGGUCCGCGCAGCAAGAGGAGGCUCUUCAUCGCAUCUGGUACGCUCUCAGGAGGUGGCGACUCAUCUCCCGGCGGGUCAUCCUCUUCCCAACGACGGCUUGUUCGUCGAUCAAUCGGAGAUGAUUUACUCGAUGGAUUCAUGAUCCUUUUAUCGCGAAUCGUUCAGCAAUUUUAGUAGCGAUGCUCCGCGAAUCACGUUGACGAGAUUUUCGCCGAUGAUCCAGCGAUUCUGGUUGCUUAAUCCUUCACCGGCGAUCUGCAGGAAAGUCGCGAUAAUCAGAUAAAAAUAUAUGAAUUUUGACUCUAGGAGGAUUCGAACCCGCGCCGGUUGUCCGCCCCUUCUGAGGAAGGUGUGAUGCGGGUUUAGUCCCACAUCAGUUGUGCGCCAAUUUUUUAGGCGAAUAUAUAGUAAUGUUAGCUUUCUAAACAAAGUCCCUUCUCUCGCGUGUACGACCACUCCUUGCCCCACAACCGGUUGGCCACCGGUGACGUGGAAGGGGAGUGGCGCACACGUGCCCCUAUCGGUCCAAGCUAAGCCGCUCGAGCCCCUGCUCACGGCUACUCCCCGACUGAGCUUCCGACCUGCUUGCAGGCCCGGCUGGCCGGCGGGUCCCCUCUAUUUUGCAAUAUUUUAGUUUUAUUUCUUUUUCUUCAUUUAUCUCAAAAGUAAGACUGUAAAAAUCAUAUAAAUUUGUAUAAAAUCACAUAAUUACCCAAAAAAUCACAUUAAUCAACUGAAAACCACUUUUCACACUUUAACACAAAUAUAAGUCUAUUUAUCACGAGUUAAGGCUAAAACUAUAUUAUUUACUAAUUAUUAACUCAUGAUAAUGAAGAUUUAUCACACCCCCCAACUUAAAUCAUUGCUAGUCCCUUAGCAAUGGAAUUACGAAAAUAAAAAUUUACAAAUCUCAAACAUCAUAUUUCAAUACAGAAAGAAAAAAAUACAAUUAGAAAUGAUGCACCUUUAGACACUUUGGAUUCUUAUAUCAAGUAUUUAAGAAUGAUGUCAAGCACUUAAAUGUUUAAACACUCCUUGGAAUAACAAUCUAGACUUCACUUCUUCUAUUCACAUCUUUAUCACUUCUUCACUCAUAGAUAUAUUUAUAAGAUGUUCCAAUUAUCAAUACUCAUCCAAGAAUAAUAUUGAUCCUACAUUUUCCUUUUUCUAUGGCUUGAUUUUUGAAGUUUUCACUAUAUUUCUUCUUUCUUUAUAUAUAGUGGAUAAGUAGCUUUUCCUGUAGAUAAAUUUCGACAAUAAGAAUGAUGUCUCACACCCUCCAUGUGUACUCUUCAUUUUCAGGGCUUUCACUUUAUCCACUUAUUUUGCAGCAAGUGUUUUUCUAUACACGAUUUUCGACAAUGAGAAUAAUGUCUCACACCCUCCAUGUGUACUCUUCGUUUCUAGAUUUUUCACAUUGCUCUCUCUUUUUUUUUUCGAAAUAAGUGAUUUCUCCUCACAAGUCCUAUAGAUCAGGGUGCAAAAAUCUCCAUUAAACUCAAAUGAUCAAUCAAAUUUUCACAUCAAGUAAAUAUUAUCCAUCAAGAUCAUGAAGUGAAAAUCUGUAAAAUCAAAUCCGUGUUAUCUAUCAUGUAUCCAAGGAGUAUUCCAACAUUUCAUGCUACUAGAUCAUUCUUUUGACUCAAUAAUAAUCUUCCUAGUAUCUUUUGGUAUCAAUCAAUCUAAUUGAUUUAAUUUUUCAUGCAUGCAAUAUGAUGUAAGAAAUUUGUAAAUUAGAUAGUUCUGACAGUUCUGUUUUCUGUUUUCAGUUCUAUUUUAGCAGCAAUAAAUUUGUCAAAAAUAAAUCAAAACUAUCUUCUUUAUAGCUGUAAUUUCGAAUUUCAGUAAUAUAUGUCUAGGGGAUUGAAAUGUGAGAAAAGGGUCUCUAUAAUUUCAAAUUUUGGGUUAUUUUUUCGUCUGCUGUUUUUGACAGUCUGUUGUUCCUGACAGAAAACCAGAAAAUAGAUGUUGCAGUUUUUCCGAAUUCGGCGAUCUUUUUUUUUAUUUUUUUAGUUGCUGUUCUAAGUUGAAUAAAAUGCAAACACAUGUUCUUAAUCGUCCUACAGCAUAAAUUAAUAAUGAAUACUUCACCCCCCAACUUAAAAAUGACAUUGUCCUCAAUGACAUAGAAAAAUCGAAACAGAAUAUACAGAAAAUAUAAUUUUCAAGUGAAGCAUGCAUAUAUGCAAAGUUUAGCAUUAAAAAUGUUUUCAUAAAUGAUAAAGCUCCGAAAGACAUCACCUCAACCUCGUUUUUAAUUUUCCACUUCGUCUUACACGCCUCCUCCUGCACUUUUUCGAAAAAACAAAUACAGAAACAAGUACUGCAAAAUUCUAAGAAAAACAGAGCUUAAAAAAAAUCAAACAAAAUGAAAUAAAAACCAUGGGUUGCCUCCCAUGCAGCGCUGAAUUUAAUGUCUCCAGCUAGACUCCUUGAUCUUACUCUUGAAUUUCUUUUAAUAAUAAAAUUUCUUUUUCUGCAAGGUGUUCAUGUUCUAUGUAAUGUUUAAGCCGCUGUCCAUUUACCUUAAACUUAUGAUCACUUUUAGGAUCUUUAAUCAUUACAGCCCCAUGAUCAUAUGUCUCUUCCACCACAUAAGGCCCUUUUCAUUUUGAUUUUAAUUUUCUUGGGAAUAAUUUCAGUCUAGAAUCAUAUAACCACACUUUUUGUCCAAUAAAUUUUUUUCUGCUAAUGUAUUUAUCAUGAAAAGUUUUAGUUUUUUCUUUAUAUAUUCUAUGAUUUUCAUAAGCUUCAUUCCUCAACUCCUCUAGUUCAUGUAGCUGAAAAAUUCUAUGCCCACCAGCUGAUUUUUCAUCCAUACAUAAAUUUUUUAUAGCCCAUAAUGCUUUAUGCUCUAUUUCCACAAGAAGAUGACAUGGCUUUCCAAAAAUGAGACGAAAUGGGGACAUACCUAUGGGAUUUUUAUAAGCUGUUCUAUAAGCCCAUAAUGCAUCUUGUAAUUUCGUGGGCCAAUCUUUCCUAUCUGGUCUAACUAUUUUUCUCAAAAUUCUCUGAAUUUCCCUAUUUGCUACUUCAGCUUGCCCAUUUGUUUGGGGAUGAUAUGGAGUGGCUACUCUAUGAUGUACUCCAUUCUUUUUCAACAGUUCUCUGAAAUUUUUAUUUGUAAAAUGUGUUCCUCCAUCACUAAUAAUCACUCUAGGACAUCCAAAUCUCGAAAAAAUAUUUUCCUGCACAAAUUUCAUCACGAUUUUAUGAUCAUUAGUUCUAGUAGGAAUAGCUUCCACCCACUUCGACACAUAAUCAACAGCAAGCAAAAUAUAUUCAUAUUUUUCAGCUAAUGGGAAGGGACCCAUGAAAUCUAUUCCCCAUACAUCAAAAAUUUCGACUACUAACAUGUUACUCAUGGGCAUUUCAUCUUUUUUACUCAUGUUACCUAUAGAUUGGCAUGAAAUACAUGUUCUACUAAAUUCUAUAGAAUCUCUAAUGAUUGUAGGCCAAUAAAAACCACACUGAAAAAUUUUUGCAGCUGUUUUUCGUCUAGAGAAGUGUCCUCCACAGUUAGAUGAAUGGCACAUGUUAAUAAUGCUAUGGUAUUCUUCUUCAGGAACACAUCUCCUUAAAAUUUGAUCAUUGCCCAAGUAAUAUAAAUCAGGACCAUGCCAAAAAUAAUUUCUAAUCUUAGAAAAGAAAUGAUGUUUUCUGUUCUUAUCCCACUGUUCUGGAAUUUUUCCAGAAACCAGAAAAUUAACAAUAUGUGCAUAUCAUGGUGAUGGUUGAUGUUGAGCUGCCAUCAAUUGUUCAUCUGGAAAUGCGUCUUGUAAAGGUGCUGCAUUUAUUCCUGUGUCACUUAAUCUAGAAAGAUGGUCAACAACAGCAUUCUCGAAACCUUUUUUAUCUUUUAUUUCUAAGUCAAAUUCCUGCAACAAUAAAAUCCAUCUUAAUAAAUGUGGCUUUGCAUCUUUCUUAUUUAACAGAUAUUUUAAUGCUGCAUGAUCAGUAUAAAUAAUAAUUUUAGCUCCCAAAAUAUAUGAUCUAAACCUUUUUAACGAAAAUACUACACCUAACAACUCUUUUUCAGUCGUGGUAUAAUUUAAUUGAGCAUCGGAUAUAGUUUUACUAGCAUAUGAAAUUACUAUGGGUUUUGACUCUUUUGUUUGUCCUAGAACGGCCCCCACUGCAUAAUUCGAUGCAUCACACAUUAUUUCAAAGGGAAGGGACCAAUCAAGAGCUUGUAAAAUGGGUGCCUCAGUGAGUAAUCUUUUUAUUUCGGAAAAAGACUCAAAAUAUUUCUCAUCAAAAUUAAAAGGCACAUCUUUAGAUAAUAACAUGGUGAGAGGUUUAGAAAUCUUCGAAAAAUCUUGAAUAAAUUUUUUGUAAUAACCUACAUGACCCAAGAAAGAUCUAAUCUGUUUUACUGAAUUUGGAGGUUUCAUUUUAGAUAUAAUAUCAAUUUUUGCUCUAUCCACCUCUAAACCCCUUUUACUCACAAUAUGACCCAACACAACUCCCUCUUUAACCAUAAAAUGUGAUUUCUCCCAACUCAAAACUAAUUUUUUCUCUAUACAUUUUUCAAGUACAUGUUGUAAAUGAUUUAAGCAUUCAUCAAAUGAUUCACCAAAAAUAGAAAAAUCGUCCAUAAAAAUUUCCAUGCAUUUUCCAAUCAUAUCAGAAAAAAUAGACAGCAUACAUCUUUGAAAUGUGGCUGGAGCAUUACACAGACCAAAAGGCAUGCGUUUAAAAGCAAAAGUACCAAAUGGACAAGUGAAAGUUGUUUUUUCUUGAUCUAAAGGGUUUAUAUAAAUUUGAUUAUAACCAGAGUAUCCAUCCAGAAAACAAAAAAAGUUUUUUCCAACUAAGUUUUCUAGAAUUUGAUCAGUAAAUGGUAGGGGAAAAUGAUCUUUUCUAGUAACUGAAUUUAAUUUUCUAUAAUCAAUGCAAACCCUCCAAUCGGUAGUUAAUCUUGUUUGUAUUUCAUCCGCAUUUUCGUUUUUUAUAACCGUGAUCCCUGAUUUUUUUGGCACUACUUGUGUAGGACUAACCCAUUUGCUAUCUGAAAUAGGAUAAAUAAUAUCAGCAGCCAGCCACUUUAAAAUUUCUUUUUUUACAAUUUCCAUCAUGUUAGGAUUUAAUCUUCGUUGUGGUUCCCUGCUAGUUCUGGCCCCCUCCUCUAGAUAUAUACUAUGCAUGCAUACACUCAUAUCAAUGCCCCUUAGAUCGUCCAUUUUCCAGCCCAUAGCCUUCUUAUUUUUUCAAAGUACAUCUAAUAAUUCUUCUUCCUGUUCAUCACUCAAAUCAGCUGCAAUAAUAACAGGAAAUGAAUUAUUUUCCUCCAGAAACAUAUAUUUUAAACUAGAGGGAAGAGGUUUCAACUCUAAAUUCAGAUGAUCUUCCUCUUUCUUUUCUCCCAAAUUUAUAUUCUCUAUUUCCUCUAAUUCUUCCAGCACACAAUCAUCAAUAACAUCUGGAUCAUCAAAAUCAUCUAGAAGAUCUAUGGUAUGACAAUCAUAUACUUGUGAUUUCUUAAGAUCAUUUGGUACCUCAAAAAUUUUAAUUUCUACUGAUUGAUCUCCACAUGAAAUUUUCGCAAUACCUGUGGGAAAAUCAAUAUUCAUCUUUGCUGUAUGCAAAAAUGGUCUCCCUAGGAUGAUUAGCGUAUCAUAAAACUGUCCAUUAAAAUCCAUUUCCAGCACUACAAAAUCAGCUGGAAAUUUACACCCUUUAACUAUCAUUAUCACAUUUUCUAAAAUACCUUUAGGAUGUUUUAUGGAUCUAUCAGCAAAUUGUAAGGUAACAGUAGAAGGUUUAAGAUUAGAAAUAUUAAAUUUAUCACAAAUACUUGCAGGUAAUAAAUUAAUACUAGCACCGGUGUCAAGUAAUGCAUUCUGAAAAAUGAAUCCACCAAUAUCACACGAAAUUAAAGGGGCACCUGUAUCUCUCAAUUUAUAUGGUAAUUGAUUUAAUAAUAAUGUACUAGCAUGCAUAGAUAAUUUUUCUACUCUAGGUGCCCUUUUUGGUGUACACAUUUCUUUCAAAACUCUAGCAUAUUCAGGAAUAUGUUCAGUGGCAGUGAGUAAAGGAAGACUAAUUUGCACAUCUUGUAAAAUUUUUUUUAUUUCUUCAUUGUGUUCCUUUUUCUUUCUUUGUCUAGGCUCGAGAGCUUUAGGAAAUGGAAUGGUGGUCCUCUCUUUCGAAAUUUCCUUGGUAGAAUCUAUAAAAUCCUCUUCUACUCCUAUUUGAUUUUGUUUUGGGUUGUCCAUGUUUUCUUUUUCUUCUAAUGUUUGGGGAUAAGGAUCAGGUAAGAUCUUACCACUCCUUAAUGCAUUCACUGUCCUAACAUUUUCAUUUCGUGGGUUUUUUCCUAGAUUCAUAUUACUAGACUCCCCUUGCUGAAAUCCUAUUGUUGGGCGGUUCCCUGGAUUUUCUAUGGGCUGACUAGGUAGCUGUCCCUCUUCUCUCUUAUUCCCAAGGGCCUCUAUAAUUUGUUUCUAGUGCUGCAUCAUUUGAUUCAUAGUUUGUUGCAUCAUUUGAUUCAUAGUUUGUUGCAUCAUUUGGCUCAUUUGCUGCAUCAUUUCCAUAGUAUCAGGUUGGGUUUGAGAGGGCUGAUUUUUUUGAAAUUUGUUUUCUUGUUUUGGACGAAAUUCAGAGUUUGAAUUGGGUAUAAGUGCUUCUGGAUUUUGAAUAUUAUUUGGGUCUCUCCAUGAAAAAUUAUUCCUCCAAUUAGGAUUAUAAGAAUUUGAAAAAGGUUCCCUGUUUCUAUUAAAACCGUGAGCUACUUGCACUUGUUCUUGCAUAGGGUGAAAUGAUUGAUCUAAAUUAUAACAUUGAAAUUCAGAAUAAUCAUUUUCACCAUACAUAGGACAUGUACUAUUCGAAUUAAGUUGAGGGUUAAAAGGCUUUCUAAUAUUGUCAAUAAGUAAAUCAAUUUUUUCUAAUCUUUGAUUAAUCUGAUUAACCUCAUUUCUAAGUUUAGAAUCAUCAUCAUGAUGCAAUUCAUAAAUUCCUCUCUUCUUAUCCUUGUCAUAUAAUUCAAAAGAGGCUUGAUCUCUAGAAUUUUCACUUAAAUUCUCAUAAAGACUGUAAAUCUCAUCAAGAGUUUUCUCCAUAAAAGCUCCUCCACAUAUAGAAUCAACCAUAUUUCUAUGUUGUUCUAAUAAUCCAUCAUAAAAAAUUCUAUUGAGCUGCCACUUGGGUAUAGCAUGAUGAGGACACUUUCUAAGUAAAUCUUUAAAUUUUUCCCAUGUCUCAUGCAAAGUUUCUCCUGGUCUUUGAGAAAAACUCCAUAUAUAUUUUCUCAUAUUUUGAGUUUUUCUUAAGGGAUAAAAUUUUCGAAGAAAGGCCUGUUCUAUAUCUUUCCAACUAGUUAAUUCUCUAUCUAAUGUGGAUAGCCAAUGACUAGCUUUGUCCCUAAGUGUAUGAGGGAAUAAUUUCAUCUUAAUAAUUUCCGGUGUAACUAGAGGGAGAUUAACUAAAUCACAGACCAUAUGAAAUUUUUCUAAGUGCUGAUGAGGUUCCUCUAAAGGCAAUCCAUGAAAAUUAGGGAGCAUUUGAAAAAUUCCUGGAUUUAUUUCGAAUUUAACAGUGGGUGCUAAUGGGACUCUAAUAUUGGAUGCUCUUUGAAAUGAAUCAGGGAUAUAAUGAUUUUUCAUGGCCAUAGGAUUGUUCUCAGUUUGACCUAUACUUCCUUCAGGAUCCAUCAAAAUUAAUUUUUCUUUCGGAUUUUUAUUUUUCAAUGAAAUAAUGAAAGGAUUUUCUAGCCUUGAAUGGAAGGAUCUUCUACCAUGCAUAAAAAUCAAUAAAUUUGAGGGAAAAAGUUAGUAACUGUUACCCUCCUUCAGGAUGCUCCAGUCCUUGCCGUGCUUCUUUUCGUUCCCUUUUUCUAAUAAAAAUUGGCAAAAAGAAUAUAAAACAAGAGUUAAGUUUUUUUUUGUGUACUCUAAGAGAAAAAUAGAAAAAUACUAAAUAUUAUGCAAUACAUCCCCGGCAACGGCACCAAAAUUUGACGUGACUCAGUCGUUGUAUAUUAAAUCACGCACAUAUAAAAUUUAUAAAACUAGAAAAUAUGAAUUUUUGGAUAUUUAGAAGUAUUUCUGAAUAAAUAUAUCAAUUAUAAUUCAAUAAAACUUCCAAAAAUAGCGGUAAUUUUCCAGGUCGAUCACAGGGAUGUAAUAUAAUAUAUGGUAAUUAUUCAGAAUUUUCCUCAAUGAAUACGAUUUUCUAUGAAUUGUAUACUAGGAAAUAAAAAGGAAAUAUAUUUAAAAUUCACAAAAAAGGGAAAUAAGGGUGCGGACGUCAGGAUGACGUCAGCGCCCGGCGAACGCGAAUCGAGCGGAAACAGAGUUCCGGUCGGCGAUUCUUACGUAAGCGAUUACAAAUGAUUUAAUUAAUCAAAUUAAGAUCUGUAAAAGUCAGAAGAAUCGUAAUAAAACAAAGUAUAUAUUGGUAAAUUAAAAUCACAAAAAGUAUCACUAAAUGAAGCGUAACGUAAGUUGAAAGUAGGAAAACAGAGUUCCGACGUCGCGACGGCGAUGCGUCGGCGAUGCACCGGAAUCCUAAGCGUUCGGCAAGAUCGUCAUGCAGUGUCCACAGCCUCAAAGGCUCUCCUUGGACAAAGAUGACGUGGGCAAUCUCUAGAUCUCCUUUUGAAGUCUAGAAAUCAAUGGAAUGGGUCGUCGAGUCGUCUCCGGCGGCUGUCACCCGGCGGAGUGGAAAAACGGCGACUUUGCAGCUCUCCGGCGGCUGUCACACGACGGAGAGGAGCUGGAUGGAGGUGGGGCGCGUAUCAGGGAGCUUCAUCCUUAGGUCCGCGCAUCAAGAAGAGGCUCUUCAUCGCAUCUGGUACGCUCUCAGGAGGUGGCGACUCGUCUCCCGACGGAUCGUCCUCUUCCUAACGACGGCUUGUUCGUCGAUCAAUGGGAGAUGAUUUACUCGAUGGAUUCGCGAUCCUUUUAUCGCAAAUCGUUUAGCAAUUUUAGUAGCAAUGCUCCGCGAAUCACAUUGACGAGAUUUUCGCCGAUGAUCCAGUGAUUCUCGUUGCUUAAUCCUUCACCAACGAUCUGUAGGAAAGUCAUGAUAAUCAGAUAAAAAUAUAUGAAUUUUGACUCUAGGAGGAUUCGAACCCGCGCCGGUUGUCCGCCCUUUCUGAGGAAGGUGUGACGUGGGUUUAGUCCCACAUCGGUUGUGCGCUAAUUUUUCGAGCGAAUAUAUAGUAAUGUUAGCUUUCUAAGCAAAGUCCCUUCUCUCGCGUGUAUGACCACUCCUUGCCCCACAGUCGGCUGGCCACCGGUACGUGGAAGGGGAGUGGUGCACACGUGCCCCUAUCAGUCCAAGCCGCUCGAGCCCCUGCUUGCGGCUACUCCCCGACUGAGCUUCUGACCCGCAUGCGGGCCCGGCUGGCCGGCGGGUCCCCCCAUUUUGCAAUAUUUUAGUUUUAUUUCUUUUUCUUCAUUUAUCUCAAAAGUAAGAUUGUAAAAAUCAUAUAAAUUCGUAUAAAAUCACAUAAUUACCCAAAAAAUCACAUUAAUCAACUGAAAACCACUUUUCACACUUUAACAUAAACAUAAGUCUAUUUAUCACGAGUUAAGGUUAAAACUAUAUUAUUUACUAAUUAUUAACUCAUGAUAAUGAAGACUUAUCAGUAUCCAAGGAGUAUUCCAACAUUUCAUGCUACUAGAUCAUUCUUUUGACUCAAUAAUAAUCUUCCUAGUAUCUUUUGGUAUGAAUCAAUCUAAUUGAUUUAAUUUUUCAUGCAUGCAAUAUAAUGUAAGAAAUUUGUAAAUUAGAUAGUUCUGACAGUUCUGUUUUCUAUUUUCAGUUCUAUUUUUAGCAGCAAUAAAUUUGUCAAAAAUAAAUCAAAACUAUCUUCUUUAUAGCUGUAAUUUCUAAUUUCAGUAAUAUAUGUCUAGGGGAUUGAAAUGUGAGAAAAGGGUCUCUAUAAUUUCAAAUUUCAGGUUGUUUUUUCGUCUAUUGUUUUUGACAGUCUGUUGUUCCUGACAGAAAACCAGAAAAUAGAUGUUGCAGUUUUUCCGAAUUUUAUUUUAUUUUUAUUUUUUUAGUUGCUGUUCUAAGUUGAAUAAAAUGCAAACACAUGUUCUUAAUCAUCUUACAGCAUAAAUUAAUAAUGAAUACUUCACCCCCCAACUUAAAAAUGACAUUGUCCUCAAUGACACAGAAAAAUCGAAACAGAAUAUGCAGGAAAUAUAAUUUUCAUGUGAAGCAUGCAUAUAUGCAAAGUUAAGCAUUAAAAAAUUGUCAUAAAUGAUAACGCUCCGAAAGACAUCACCUCAACCUCGUUUUUAAUUUUCCACUUCGUCUUACACGCCUCCUCCUGCACUUUUUCGAAAAAACAAAUACAGAAACAAGUACUGCGAAAUUCUAAGAAAAACAGAGCUUAAAAAAAUCAAACAAAAUAAAAUAAAAACCAUGGGUUGCCUCCCAUGCAGUGCUGAAUUUAAUGUCUUCAGCUGGACAGCUCUUAGAUCAUAUAAGAUGAUCUAUGGCCAUCAAAAUAUAUUUGUAUCCCAAGGUAAGUUUCAUGAUAUUCUUUUUCAGAUUUAGCAUAAAUUCAUAUACUUCAUAUAUAUACCUUGACAUACUUUCAGCCAAAAAAAAAUGGAAAUUAACAAAAUUUUCUGAAAAAAAAUAUUUCCAUUUUGAAAAGAAUCUUUUCUCAUUUCUAUCUUGUUUUGUAAGGCUGUCAUUCAUUAAUAAAUACUUUUUAUUAAUAGACCAUAAAAUGUGAUCAGGCCAUAUAAUUUUCAAAUUAACUCUUACCCAAUCUAGAAAUUUUUCAUCUAAAUUGAUAUCUUUAAUUCUUCCAUUCAUCCAUUUCUUAAUGUCUUCUUUUAUCUUCAUAAUCUUCCCCUGCUCUAUUUCAUCUUCCAUACAUAUUUGUUCAAUUUGUGAAGAGUGAAAUAAUUCAAGCUUAGAAGUAAUUCUAAUGGGCUGUGGGUUUUGAAGGAUGGAAGGAUUGUCUUCUUUAAUCUCAGAUCUAAUCAAUUCAGUAAAAUUCAAAUUUUCUCUUCGAAAAUUAUCUCUAUAUUCAUAUUCAUUAUUUUCGUUUCUCCCCACUAGUUGAAUCAACUCUUUUUCUAGCUUUUCGUUUCUCAACUCAUCAAAUUUUUCAUCUUCAUAAGAGCUAUCUUUUAAUUUCGGUAUAUGAUAUACAUCAUCAUCCUCACAAUCAACAUCCAUGGCUACAAAAUUAUGAUUAGAUUUAUUAAUUACGUCUCCCAAAUCAACUGAUUUUUCCUCACUUGAAAUAUGUUUUUCUUCAUUUUUGUCCUUACUCUUUUCUACUAAAAUUUGGAUGAUUUUUCCAUGAUCAGCUGCUGUUUCUUCAUCUAAGGGUUCUUUCUCCUCAUCAUCCUCACUAUAUUCAUUCAUCAAUUGUGAGCAAUAAAUUAUUUUAUUUAAAUUUUCUGCUACUAUAUUUUCAGCCUUAAUAUUCUCAUUUACUUCUAAUAGCUCAUCAAUUUCUUCUAAUAAUUGGAAAUAAGGAUCAGGUAAAAUAUUCUCACUCAAUGUAUUCACUGACCUAAAAUUUUCAUUUCGUGGGUUUUUUUCUAAAUUUAUCCAGCUAGACUCUCCUUGUUGAAAUCUUACUAUUAGACAGUUUCCUAAAUUUUCUAUGGGCUGACUAGGUAGCUGUCCCUCUUCUCUCUUAUUCCCAAGAGCCUCUAUAAUUUGUUUCUGGUGCAGCAUCAUUUGAUUCAUAGUUUGUUGCAUCAUUUGGCUCAUAGUUUGUUGCAUCAUUUGGCUCAUUUGCUACAUCAUUUCUAUAAUAUCAGGUUGGGUUUGAGAGGGCUGAUUUUUCUGAAAUCAGUUUUCUUGUUUUGGACGAAAUUCAGAGUUUGAAUUGGAUCUAAGUGCUUCUGGAUUUUGAAUAUUAUUUGGGUGUCUCCACGAAAAAUUAUUUCCCCAAUUAGGAUUAUAAGAAUUAGAAAAAUAUUCUCUAUUUUUACUAAAAUCGUGGGGUAUUUGCCCUUGUUCUUGCCUAUGAUGAUAUUGAAAUUCGAAAUGAUCAUUUUCACCAUACAUAGGAUAUGUACUAUUUGAAUUAAAUUGAGGGUUAAGAGGUUUUUUAAUAUUGUCAAUAAGUAAAUCAAGUUUUUCUAAUCUUUGAUUAAUCUGAUUAACCUCAUUUCUAAAUUUAGAAUCAUCAUCAUGAUGCAAUUCAUAAAUUUCUCUCUUCUUAUCCGUGUCAUAUAAUUCAAAAGAGGCUUGAUCUCUAGAAUUUUCACUUAAAUUCUCAUAAAGACUAUAAAUCUCAUCAAGGGUUUUCUCCAUAAAAGCUCCUCCACAUAUAGAAUCAACCAUAUUUCUAUGUUGUUCUAAUAAUCCAUCAUAAAAAAUUCUAUUGAGCUACCACUUGGGUAUAGCAUGAUGAGGACACUUUCUAAGUAAAUCUUUGAAUUUUUCCCACGUCUCAUGCAAAGUUUCUCUUGGUCUUUGAGAAAAACUCCAUAUAUAUUUUCUCAUAUUUUGAGUUUUUUCUAAGGGAUAAAAUUUUUGAAGAAAGGCCUGUUCUAUAUCUUUCUAGCUAGUUAAUUCUCUAUCUAACGUGGAUAGCCAAUGGCUAGCUUUGUCCCUAAGCGUAUGAGGAAAUAAUUUCAUCUUAAUAAUUUCUGGUGUAACUUGAGGGAGAUUAACUAAAUCACAGACCAUAUGAAAUUUUUCUAACUAUUAAUGAGGCUCCUCUAAAGGCAAUUCAUGAAAAUUAAGGAGCAUUUGAAAAUUCUUGGAUUUAUUUCGAAUUUAACGGUGGGUGCUAAUGAGACUCUAAUAUUUGAUGCUCUUUGAAAUGAAUCAGGGAUAUAAUGAUUUUUCAUGGCCAUAGGAUUGUUCUCAGUUUGACUUGUACUUCCUUUAGGAUCCAUCAAAAUUAUUUUUUCUUUCGAAUUUUUAGUCUUGAAUGAAAUAAUGAAAGGAUUUUCUAGCCUUGGAUGCAAGGAUCUUCUACCAUGCAUAAAAAAAUCAAUAAAUUCGAGGGAAAAGUUUAGUAAUUGUGACCCUCCUUCAGUAUGCUCCAGUCUUUGCCUUGUUUCUUUUCGUUCCCUUUUUCUAAAAAAAAAAAAAAAAAAAUCGACAAGAAGAAAAUAAAACAAGAGUUAAGUUUUUUUUUGUGUACUCUAAGAGAAAAACAAAAAAAUACUAAAUAUUAUGCAAUACAUCCCCGGCAACGGUGCCAAAAUUUGACAUGACUCAGUCAUUGUAUAUUAAAUCACGCAAAUAUAAGAUUUAUAAAACUAGAAAAUACGAAUUUUUGGAUAUUUAGAAGUAUUUCUUAAUAAAUAUAUCAAUUAUAAUUCCAUAAAACUUCCAAAAAUAGCAAUAAUUUUCCAGGUUGAUCACAGGGAUGUAAUAUAAUAUCUGGUAAUUAUUCAGAAUUUUCCUCAAAGAAUACUAUUUUCUAUGAAUUUUAUACUAAGAAAUGAAAAGGAAAUAUAUUUUAAAUUCACAAAAAAAAGGAAAUAAGGGUCCGGACGUCAGGAUGAUGUCAGCGCUCGACGAACAUGAAUCGGGCGGAAACAGAGUUCCGCCCGGUGAUUCUUACGUAAGCGAUUACAUAUGAUUUAAUUAAUCAAAUUAAGAUCUGUAAAAGUCAGAAGAAUCGUAAUAAAACAAAGUAUAUUUUGGUAAAUUUAAAAUCAACAAAUUAUCACUAAAUGAAAUGGAAAUUAAGUUGAAAGCAGGAAAAUAGAGUUCCGACAUCGCGACGGCGAUGCGUCGGCGAUGCACCGGAAUCCUAAGCGUUCGGCAAGAUCGUCAUGCAGUGUCCACAGCCUCAAAGGCUCUCCUUGGACAAAGACGACGUGGGCAAUCUCUAGAUCUCCUUUUGAAGUCUAGAAAUCAAUGGAAUGGGUCGUCGAGUCGUCUCCGGCGGUUGUCACCUGGCAGAGCAGAAAAACGGCAACUUUGCGGCUCUCUGGCGGCUGUCACACGACGGAAAGGAGCUGGAUGGAGGUGGGGUGGGUGUCAAGGAGCUUCAUCCUCAGGUCUACGCAGCAAGAGGAGGCUCUUCAUCGCAUCUGGUACGCUCUCAGGAGGUGGCGACUCAUCUCCCGACGGAUCGUCCUCUUCCCGACGACGGCUUGUUCGUCGAUCAAUCGGAGAUGA